AUGAACCAGAAGUACGAGAAGCUGCUGAAGCUCUUCGCGGUCAGCAGCGGCAACGCCUCGCCCGUGCCGCACGGCGAGCCGCACGACCGGAGUGCGUCCCUGGCGCCCGGGAGGCGCGCGAGCAGCAGGCCACGGCUGGCCGCGGCGUAG